AUGGCUGCCUACUCUGUCCGCCUCCGCUUUUCGGCGCCGAUUCCGAAGGCUGUGGGGCGGAUCAACCUAGACUGUUCCCUGCGGCCUGGCUGCCCGCUAAGGGUCGUCGCUGACCCCACCUGCAAGGAAUUCGGUCCUGAGGACAGAGGGCAAGAGGACAUAGUAGGUUUUCCUCCAUGGCUUGUGGAGAGUGAUCCACUGGGCCUGGGCUGGAUCCAUGCGGAUGGGAGUCGCAGACGGCUGCAGCUGUGGUGCUUGGUGGGGAGAUGGGCUGGGCCCAGGGAGGGCUGCCUCCGAGAUGCUCCGCUCUCAUGUGCCCCUUUCUUUCCGUUCUCCUUACCCCUCCUGACACACUACCUCCUGAACCAUUUUUGUGAUGAGAGGAAGACGACUGGACGGAGUGAUAGAGGCAAGGGGGCUGAUGGACUGGGCACCUUUGGUGGCCUCCAAAAGUCCCUCCUCUACCCUCCACAAGGGUCUAAGCCAUGCCCUCAAAGCCCCUUUGCUCCUGCAUCCUUCCCGGUGGUAGACAGCCUGCUUCUGGUGGCCAUGCCCAAGAAGCUCCUGCUGACUGAAGAGGAAGCCAGCCACCUGGCCGAGGAGUUAGUGGCCGAGGAAGAGCACAUGAAACAGAAAGCAGAGAAGAGAUGACUCAAGAAGGUAGCUGAAGGGCAGAAGAAUGAGGAUAACAACAAAAUCUACUUCUUAGAGUUGCAAGGCUUAAAUGAGGUAGUUUAUGCAAAACUCUUCACCCAAUAUGUGACAUCUGGCAUAUGUUGCCACCCAGAUGGGGAUGGAUGCCCCCCAUUGAGCCCUGGGGACCGAGCUCAGGGACAGUGUGGUGAGGAAGAGGUGAGAGCCCCUUCUUCCCCUUCUUGGACUCAACUGGAUCUAUCUAGCACCUUCAGGUCUCUAGCUUUGCAUAAGAUUGUAGGUUGGCCCCCCAGUGCCUGCAGAGAGAAGGGACUGAGCCAAGAACCCCAAGGCAAAAGCCUGGGUCCCCAGGAGAAGAUGGGCUGGGAAGAAAGGAGCUGUCCAGCUGAAGAGAACCCCCAGCAAGUCCUGACACAGGUAUCUCUAGGACUGCUGGCAGCCGCCUUACAGCAGAGCCAAGAGCUGGCAAAGUUGGGUACCACCUUUGCAAAUGGUUUCCACCACACGGCCAUGGUCCUCUUUACCCAGGCCUUGAAGCUCAACCCCUGGGACAACUGGUUAUUUAGAAAUCACUCUUUCUGCUAUGAGCGCCUGGGUCAGCUAGUGCGGGCCCUGGCUGAUUCUCAGAUGGCCCUUACCCUGCAGCUCAGGUAUAGGAGCUGGGGCCAGUUUGAGAAAGGGGGCAGUUUUAAGUUCCUGAUCCCCCUGAUAGCUAAACUUUCCUCCUAAUCCCUUUGAGACCAAAGUGUUGAGGAGGCAGCUGCUG